AUGUUUGCUAGAACAUCGACUUUGCUUGGCUUCGUAGCCGUGGCGUUGCAGGCGACUUCGGUGUCGGCUCAGGCUUGCAUCAAUUUUGCCUUUGCUCCCGCAGGAACUUGCAACUCGGACCCCAAUUCUGCCGAUCGCCUUCGUGCCGACCUCGUCCAGGAUCGACUUGUGCCUGGUUGCGCUAACGGUGGCCUUUACACGGUGGUGGCCAAAUACAACGAUCUUCAAGACAACACGCGCUGGGUCAGCGCUAUUGAUGUUGCCACUGUUGCCGAAGACUUUACUGGAACCAUUCCCUUCAGCUUCAGAUUGCCCCAGAGCACAAUUUCUGCCGGGCCCGUGACGCUCAGCCUUAUUGGGACCAACAAGGGGGGUGCUUUCACUUCCCGUGUCACGUAUACACACAGACACACGCCGACUGUCACGUACACGACUGCCACCUCAACGCUCACGGCUUGGGUCUCAAGCACCGUCACGUCAACUAGCUACCGCAAUGUCAACUCGUACACAACGGUUGACCCCCCGGGUGGGUUAUCUACCAUCACAAGGACCGGUGUCUCGACUAGUUUCCUUACCAAGCCGACUGUUACUGUCACAUCCUACAUGGCCGUGGAUGACCGUACCAUUACAGAGAUCACGACACUCCGGCAAACGAUCAGCUCAGCAUGCAAGCUCAGGCGUAAGGACCUCGAGAAGCUCCAUCGCCGUGCACAGCCAACAACGUACGCUGUUCCUUACUGCGGUUCCACUUUCUCGACGACAAUAUUGCCAAUUUCUACAGUGUACCUCCAGUCACGCUCGACCAUGGUCGAUACAGUGACGCGGGUUGCCAACAACGUCAACUGGCUCACCGUCACAGCCAACAACCCCACGACGUGGAUCGACGUCACUUCGAUUGUUUACCGCACGGUGAACGCCGAUGCCAGAACCAUCACCAGCAUCUUCACGCAACCUCGUAUCACGGCGACCGAGACAUUCACUGACACGUUUACCACGACUGUCUACCCGCCCGGUAGUCCUGUUUGUAACGCCGAGGUCGUCACUCCCACGCUACGUGUGGAGUCGUCUCUGAGUGGCAGCAACCCUGGCUUUUCACUUCCAGCUGCCACUGCUGGCGCGUCCAACUUCUACAGCGGAAACCAGAUGACUUUACCGCCCCCCGGUCAGGCUAGUCCGGGAUUCCCGACGCUG